UUGUUCUCCUAAGCUCGAGGAAGAGCGCCCAGGCUAGCACCAUCUCUCGCUUUCGGGCGAACUUUCCCUAGCUGCCGCUUUCUGGGCUUGGGAUGGGUCUCCACUGCGCGACCUUCCCUUUCCUAGAGUGGGACGCUCAGCGAACACACCCACAGUCACCUUUGCGCGCUCGUCUGGAGCCGGCUUGGCACACAGCGCACCCCAGCGGCCGCGUGGCCACCUUCUAGCCCUGGCCACUUGGCUUCCGGAGAGCUCGCCAGUAGCCGCCGUGGCCGCCUCGGAAUCUGGAGACUGCGAGAGCCAGAUCCCAGGGAAGGCGCGGAGCUGCUGCACCCUGCCCCGCCCGCCACACCUGGGAGCUGUGAAGACCGAGAGAGGCGGGGCGCGGCAGGAGGCUGGCCCUGUGCCGGAGCAGCUUCGCCGAAAGCCGGCCGGACUGCAGCUAAGGCGAAGGGGGAGGGUCUCCAGGCAGAGUGCCGCUCCUCCGAGGGAGGGACCCCAGCUGGGGUGGAAAACCAGCACCAGCGAGCAGCAGAGACGCGCCGCGCUGACCAUGGAGCCGGCCGGCCCCGGCUCCGCGCUCCCGCAGCAGCAGUGGGACCGGGACUCGGUAGAAGCGUGGCUGGACGAUCACUGGGACUUUACCUCUUCUUACUUUGUUAGGAAAGCCACCAGAGAAAUGGUCAAUGCAUGGUUUGCUGAGAGAGUUCACACCAUUCCUGUGUGCAAGGAAGGCAUCAGAGGCCACCCAGAAUCUUGCUCUUGCCCCUCACAGCAGAGUCCCCGUGCAGAUAGCAGUGUUCCUGGAACACCAACCAGGAAAAUUUCUGCCUCCGAGUUUGAUCGGCCUCUUAGACCCAUUGUUGUCAAGGAUUCUGAGGGAACUGUGAGCUUCCUCUCUGACUCGGAAAAGAAGGAACAGAUGCCUCUAACCUCCCCACAGUUUGAUAAUGAUGAAGGGGACCAGUGCUCCAGACUCUUGGAAUUAGUGAAAGAUAUUUCCAGUCACUUGGAUGUCACAGCCUUAUGUCACAAAAUUUUCUUACACAUCCAUGGACUCAUCUCCGCUGACCGCUAUUCCCUGUUCCUCGUCUGUGAGGACAGCUCCAACGACAAGUUUCUUAUUAGCCGCCUCUUUGAUGUUGCAGAAGGUUCAACACUGGAAGAAGCUUCAAAUAACUGUAUCCGCUUGGAAUGGAACAAAGGCAUUGUGGGACAUGUGGCAGCUCUUGGUGAGCCCUUGAACAUCAAGGAUGCGUAUGAGGAUCCACGGUUCAAUGCAGAAGUUGACCAAAUUACAGGCUACAAGACACAAAGUAUUCUUUGUAUGCCAAUUAAGAAUCACAGGGAAGAGGUUGUUGGUGUAGCCCAGGCCAUCAACAAGAAAUCGGGAAAUGGUGGGACAUUCACUGAAAAAGAUGAAAAGGACUUUGCUGCUUAUUUGGCAUUUUGUGGUAUUGUUCUUCAUAAUGCUCAACUCUACGAGACUUCACUGCUGGAGAACAAGAGAAAUCAGGUGCUGCUUGACCUUGCUAGCUUAAUUUUUGAAGAACAGCAAUCAUUAGAAGUAAUUCUAAAGAAAAUAGCUGCCACUAUUAUCUCUUUCAUGCAGGUGCAGAAAUGCACCAUUUUCAUAGUGGAUGAAGAUUGCUCCGAUUCUUUUUCUAGUGUGUUUCACAUGGAACGUGAGGAAUUAGAAAAAUCGUCAGAUACUUUACCAAGAGAACGUGAUGCAAAUAGAAUCAAUUACAUGUAUGCUCAGUAUGUCAAAAAUACUAUGGAACCACUUAAUAUCCCAGAUGUCAGUAAGGACAAAAGAUUUCCCUGGACUAAUGAAAACACCGGAAAUGUAAACCAGCAGUGCAUUAGAAGUUUGCUUUGUACACCUAUAAAAAAUGGAAAGAAGAAUAAAGUGAUAGGAGUUUGCCAACUUGUUAAUAAAAUGGAAGAGACUACCGGCAAGGUGAAGCCUUUCAACCGAAACGAUGAACAGUUUCUGGAAGCUUUUGUCAUCUUUUGUGGCUUGGGGAUCCAGAACACACAGAUGUACGAAGCAGUGGAGAGAGCCAUGGCCAAGCAGAUGGUCACGUUAGAGGUUCUGUCCUAUCAUGCUUCAGCAGCAGAGGAAGAAACAAGAGAGCUCCAGUCCCUAGCGGCUGCUGUGGUACCAUCUGCCCAGACCCUUAAAAUCACUGAUUUCAGCUUCAGUGACUUUGAGCUGUCUGACCUGGAAACGGCACUGUGCACAAUCCGGAUGUUCACUGACCUCAACCUUGUGCAGAACUUCCAGAUGAAACAUGAGGUUCUUUGCAGGUGGAUUUUAAGUGUUAAGAAGAACUAUCGGAAGAAUGUUGCCUAUCAUAAUUGGAGACAUGCCUUUAAUACAGCUCAGUGCAUGUUUGCUGCACUGAAAGCAGGCAAAAUUCAGCACAGGCUGACUGACCUGGAGAUACUUGCACUGCUGAUUGCUGCCUUAAGCCACGAUUUGGAUCACCGUGGUGUGAAUAACUCUUACAUACAGCGAAGUGAACACCCACUGGCUCAGCUCUACUGCCAUUCAAUCAUGGAGCACCAUCAUUUUGACCAGUGCCUGAUGAUACUUAAUAGUCCUGGCAAUCAGAUUCUUGGCGGCCUCUCCAUUGAAGAAUAUAAGACCACGCUGAAAAUAAUCAAGCAAGCUAUUUUAGCUACAGACCUAGCACUAUACAUUAAGAGGAGAGGAGAAUUUUUUGAACUUAUAAGAAAAAAUCAAUUCAAUUUGGAAGAUCCUCAUCAAAAGGAGUUGUUUUUAGCGAUGCUGAUGACAGCUUGUGACCUUUCUGCAAUUACCAAACCCUGGCCUAUUCAACAGCGGAUAGCAGAACUUGUUGCGACUGAAUUUUUUGACCAAGGAGACAGAGAGAGAAAAGAACUCAACAUAGAGCCCACUGAUCUAAUGAACAGGGAGAAGAAAAACAAAAUCCCAAGUAUGCAAGUUGGAUUCAUAGAUGCCAUCUGCUUGCAACUCUAUGAGGCCCUGACCCAUGUGUCAGAGGACUGUUUCCCUUUGUUGGAUGGCUGCAGAAAGAACAGGCAAAAAUGGCAGGCUCUUGCAGAACAGCAGGAGAAGACGCUGAUUAAUGGGGAAAGCAGCCAGGCCAAGCGGAACUGAGUGGCCUGUUCACACAGAGUUGAAGUUUACAGACGGUGUAUUCUGCAGUAUGCCUAGUUUUGCUAUACACUGUACUGUAUUUGGUGUAUACUCUGCCACUGCUGUAUUUUUAUUUUUGCACAACUUUUGACAGCAUAGCAUGAAAUGUUUUUAGAGGACUCUUGCAUAUUUUCUGUAUAUUUGUUUUAUGCCACUGAACUGAGAUUAUCAGUGACACCCACUCUUAGCACUUGGGUAACAGCACUAUUUGUGAUAUUUUGUGUACUGCAAAGUACAAGCUGCAUUCUUGCACUGAGAUGGUUUUUGUUUGUUUGUUUUGCUUGGGGACUUUAAAUAAUUGGUUUUGUGUUUUCUGAAUUACCAGUCUUUCAAGAAUGUUUGGAAUUUUUUCUUUCUCAAAAAUAGGCUAGGAGCAAACUGAAUAUAUUCUGUGACAUUUAAAACCUUCACAGGAUAGAGAAAAACAUUGGCUGAGUGGAUUUUAAGGGGAAUGGGGUAUAUUUGUCGACAGUGUUUUACUUUAACAAAAAAAAAAAAAUUGAAACUCUGAAACAAAUGGAAGGUACUGGAAGGCAAUAUUGUAAAGAAAAGCUAAAAUUUAAUUAAUCUGCUUUUUUUUUGUUAGAGAACAGGUGGGAGAGAAAUUUCUCAUUUCAGUGCAGUACAUCUAUCCAAAGGCUACCCAUAAAGUUGCUUCAGUCUACCCUAUCUGAUGGAAAGCAGGGAAGACCGUGGGAGAAGACCCAGCACUGAUUUUUCUACUUUACUGAGGGACGAGUGUGAUCCAGAGAUGGAACGGCCAAGGCUGUCUGGCAGUGAAGUAAACGUUCUGCUGGAGGACACUUCUGAGAGUCACCCCCAAAGUCCCCACUAUUUUACUAAGUUGUAAGAAGACGUCUAUAAAAUUCCUGGCCCUAUACUUCCCAUAGGAUUGCGUGUUGCCGGUCACUAUCCUGUGGGAACUUCUGUAAAUCUCUUAACUUCUGUGGGCGUGAACAAGUUGCGCUAUUAAAGGAGUUAUGUUCAGGCUAAGCCUUGUCUCCAAGGAGGAUGUCACAGAAGGUAGCUACUGUGUAAGCCCAAACGGGCCCUGGAGGCCACUGUCAGAAAUGGGCUUUCAGGCCACAGAGCACACCAUCUAAUCCCAUGCGUCAUUUCCUACGCUGCGUUUCCAAGACUGAAAAAAGACAGUACAUUUAUUUGGCUUCUCAUGCCGAUCACUAGCGAGUGUGAGAUUUAGAGCUCUUUGAGCGCUUCACCUCAAGGUACAAACGCUGGACGACAAUGUUGUCACCACUGAUCUCUUUACUACGAAAAAUAGUUUCCUUCAAUAGAAGUAAUGGAGAUAAGAAAGUGUAUGAAAAUAUACUGGAAAUAUUGGAUUGUGGGAGGAAACCCAUCACAGAUAUAUUCUUGCCUAGCAGUAAAGUGCCUUUAUUUUCAGCAUAGAGCACAAAUGUUAGACCUACUCCAAUUUGAUUUUCGAUUUUCCUGUGUUUUUCACCAGAUUGUAUUCCUAAAACUUUAUGGGCCAUCACAAGCAAUGCUGUUUUGUUUCAUUUAGUUUUUUGUUUUGUUUCACAAGAUUGAUUUAAGUUGAGAGAGGCGAAAGUGUAACUGCUCUCCUCUCCGGGGAGCAACUGUAGCUAAAAUGAAGUGAUUUAACAUAACUGUUCAGUAUCAGACAUGGCUCAAUCCACCUAUUAUUGAGUUCCUGCCACAUGUCAGGCACUGUGCUCCACAUGCGGAGACAGAGCAGUGACCUUGCCGAGCUCACAGUCUUUGCAGGGAUUGUUGGAUAAGAGACCAGCUUCUGAUCCUGCAGAUUUAACGUGAAAACAUAGGGUACAUCUGUCACUUCUGUUUUCAUCUAUAACAUAUGUAUUACACAGUUUUCCAAGGACUUUCUUUACCUGGAACUUACUAAGAAUCGUCAGUGAACAUCCUGUCUUCUUGCAAGUAUGAAUCACUUAGCCUGCUGCUAGCUUAAAGAACACCUCAUAUAAGUAAGGAGUCAUAUAUUCCACUACAUAGAUUAUUUUUCCAUAUGCUAGCCAGGUAGAGAUUACUCAGAGUUCUCCUGGACUGGUAAAUUGUGCACAGUUUUGGACCCCUUCUGCUCCACCACAGGGAGCGAGGAAGAAAGUAUUAAAGCUCACUUUGCCCUUCCAUAAGCUUCUCAAAAGCCUGUGUAAACAUGUCUUAAUAAAUGUUGAAAACCAUGUAUAUAGUUGAAAAUAUAAAUUUCUAUUACAGUUUAAGAAAAGAAAACCUUAAGAAUCUUCACUAGCCACUGUUAAUAUCUAUUUGUAUUCUUAUACCUUUUCAAUACAUUUGAACAAAUAUAUAGUUUCUGGCACUAUUUUUGUACUAGGAUAAAGGAGUUAACUAUGUAUAUUAUGUUUAGCUCUUAAGUCAUUUUAAAUAAUUGUGAAUGUUGAUUUCCUGUCUUUCCUUCUCCCCCACCACGAGAACUGUUUCAGAUGACUCUUCUGUGACAAAAUCACUUUAAAGGUACACUUACCCACCUGUGAUCCCUAUAAUGCCAAGCGAUGGUCAGGGUGGUUUUCCAUUGUGCAGACUCUUCACUUGUCAGUUGUUUCCUCAUUUUGCCGUGCUUUGUAAAAAUAAAAAGAAUGAACAAGCA